UGACAUCACAAAUCACGAAUUCGUCAUAUGUUUUUCCUCAUUAAAAAACGUCUGUCAAACAUCUCUAAGCGUGCAAUUCGAAAACAAAAAUCGCGUGAAUCUUUUUUAAUAUUUCAUAGUUUCUAUUUUUACGAUAAUUAUAUUCAACAUUUAAUCAUCAAUAUUAGUUUAAAGUUAUUGACUUGUGACAAGAAGAAGAAUAACAACAACAACACACAUAUUCCAAAAGACUGACGUGGUGCAAAUUUCUAAUUAUCUAAAAGUCAGUUUAUUGGCUUUAUUUAUUCCCAAUUAUCCAAAAAAAGGUUAUUAUUUUCCUGAUUUUUCAUGAUUUAUUCAAUACAUUAACAUUAUAUUUCUAUUAUCUUGAAAUAAGUUAUAAGAAAUUUUAACCUCUUUUUCACUGCGGAGGUGGGUCAAUUUUCAUUCAGUUAUAAUAUUCAAGUCAUAAAUUGAAAAAAAAAAGAUAUUUAAUUAAAAUAAUUAGGGGAAAAAAUUUGUAAACAUGGCCAGGAUGAACAAAAAACCUAAUAGUGCAACUGCAAGAUUAAAACAAGAUUACAUGCGACUUAAAAACGACCCAGUUCCCUAUGUUUUAGCCGAACCAGUACCAUCGAAUAUUUUAGAAUGGCAUUAUGUAGUAAAAGGACCAGAAAAUACACCAUAUGAUGGUGGAUUUUAUCAUGGGAAGCUCAUUUUUCCCGGAGAAUUUCCAUUUCAGCCACCAAGUAUUUACAUGACCACUCCAAACGGAAGAUUCAAAGUAAACACAAAACUUUGUCUCUCGAUAUCAGAUUUUCAUCCUGAUACGUGGAAUCCUGCUUGGAGUGUAUCGACCAUUCUUACCGGAUUAUUAAGUUUCAUGAUUGAAAACAGUCCAACGUUGGGGAGUAUAACAACAACAGACUAUGAAAAAAAACAUCUGGCUGCCCAAAGUUUAGAAUAUAAUUUGAAAGAUAAAAUAUUUUGUGAAUUAUUCCCCGAAACAGUUUCGGAUAUUAAAAAAGAACUUGAACGUCAAAAAGAAUUGGAAAAACAAGCCAGGCAUCAAUUGACAUCUUCAGAGGUCUCGUCAUUGAUUAGAGAUCAAUUUCAAAUCGAUCAAAGUCCAUUGCACAGUGCCAUCACGAAUCUCGUUGUUGUUAUUGGAUUUGCAGCAUUUGCCUAUGUUGUCAAGUAUGUUUUAAGGAAUAUUGCACUGGAAUAGAAAGACACUUUUAUCAAUUUAUGACUGGUAGGUUUACUAUAUAAUAUAUAAAAAUAUAUAAAUAUAUUUUCAAGCGUAAGACGCUAGUGAUCGACGCAUUCGCGGAAGACUAAAAAAAAAGAAACUUUUUUGAAUGAAAUAUUUCUCAAGACUUCCGUCAAUAUUGAUGAUUGACUGUCCAGAGAGAAACAAUUUUUUUUUUCUUUUUUGUAGAGAGAGACUUGCGUAUCGAGAAGUCAAAAUUUUUCAGUAUGAUAUAAUAUUAGUAAUCAUUUUUUGUAUAUGAGAAAUUUAGGAUUAGGCGUGUUUUGAUGAUAUCGUGCUCUAAAAAAAAAAAAAUAAGUCAAUUUUCUCGCAUUUAAUUCUUUUUUCACACACAUCGGCUUUUUUUUCUCUUUAUCGUUUCUCUCUUUUAAAUUUUCUUAGAAAAUAUAUUUAUUUGAAAACUAUUUAUAAUCACAUUUGAGAGUUUGAGCUUCCACAGUAUUUUUGUUUUUUGAGUUAAUAUGCAGCUUUUCAAUAUAAGAAAACUGCGAGAUGAGUGAUUUUUUUAAACGUAUUUUCUUCCCUUUUAUGAGCUUCUCUACAUAUUUCCUUAUAUACAAUUAAAAGCUCAGGUUUAUAGUUAAUAUAUAAUAUAAUAAUAAUAAUAUAAAUAAUAUAAAUAAAUCUUAGCUUUUUUUCAUUUCCAUGAAUUUUCAAAUAUAUUUCACUAUUGUACGCACAUUCUUUACCAAUUUUUUCAUUUCAUUCCGAAUUAUAUAUAUAUAUAUAUAUAUAUAUAUAGUUUCGGUUCAUAAAGUGCCAAUAAAAUUAAUUACACAAAAAGAGUUCGCGUAGAGAUAACAUGAUAAUCAUCACAUAUAUAUAUAUAUAGUUAGAAAACAAAAGUGUAAAUAAACGAGAUAAAAAAUAAAAAAAAUGUUCAUUAAGUUAAAUUACAUCAAUAAAAAAUGAAACGUCGAAUUAUUUAUAUCUCGGUGCGCGAUCUUGUUGAUUUUUUUUUUUUAAACACAAAAAUGUAUUAUACUUGUAGUAUUUUUAAUUUAAGAAAUUCUCAUCAAAAUUUUUAAAUGAGCAAAUUCUUUUACAUUUUGCCCAUUAAAAAAUUACAAUCUUAAAUUAAGAAAUUGCGUUGAGAUUUUGAUUCGAGUAAAUGUUUUUCAGAAUUUUCAUUCCAUAUAAAGAGAAAUAAUAUUUUUCCAAUAUUUGUGUGGGUUCUUAGAAUAUUUAUAAAAAAAAGACACUUUUUAACAGAAUGUUUAUAAUAGAAUACGAAAAAAAAAAAUUUACUCGAUUUGAAAUUCCUCAUUGUGUUUUUUGCAUAUAUAUGUAGUCGCAACAUAUUACUGACUAAAAAAAAAAAUCAUGUGAGCUUCUUUAUUUCUACUUAUAAACAAUAUUAGUCAGUAGAUUUAAAUUUAUAGAGAAUAAUACAUUUUUUUUCUCUUUAAAUUAUAUUUGAGCUUUUCUAUGUUACCUGAUGAAAAUAUUUUUUUUUUUCAAUUAUUUAAGUUACGAUUUUUCAAAAAUCAUAUCAGAGAAAAUGUUUUUUUUUGCAACAAAAAGAAGUCAUUUUUUUCGAUUUUGUAUAAAUAAUAUAAUUUAUCAUUUUUGUUAAACAAUAUCUAAAAGUUUACAGAAAAAAGAAUUGUAGAAAUAAAAAAAAGGGGUUAGUUAUAUUAAAUGAGUUUUAAAUUAA